CUACUUUAAAACCGAUUCCUCCUCAUCUUCAGCGUUCCUGAUAUAUUUUUUUAAUACUUAUAUCCCCACUUCUAUAGAGUCCUGCAUAAUCUCAUUGAGAACUUGUAGCAGAGCAUUUCCAAUCUCCUUUAAAGACGAAAGGAAAAUAUAACUUUAGCUUUUUUAUUUUCUUCUUUAUAAUAUGUUCUUCUUGGAUUCUUUAUUACCACUUUGCUUUAUUUAAUUGGUUACUUUUCCCCCCCUGUUUUUCGUACUUUUUAAGUGCUCAUUUUUGGUUGGGAAAAAAAGUGCCCUUUAGUUUUGGUGAUUCAGCUCUAUCUCUCUCUCACUAUUUUUUUUUUUUUUUUUUUUCUCUCUGAUUCCUUUAUGCCUUUUUUUGGCCUUCCAUUUUCUUUUUGGAUGAAAAAGAGUGAACUUUGCUUUCCCAAUAAUAUACAAAUGUUUUUAUCAAAAAAAUAAUAAUAUACAAAUGUUAGUGACAAAUAUCUUUUCUCAUGUAAUUUCGUUUUUACCCACUUUGAUGUUCACUCACUCACCAUAUAUAUACGUACUUAAAUAUGAAAACUUUGCUGAAAGGGCGAAAUUUCCUUGAUUUAUCCAUCUGAAAGAUGAGCAUCAGUAUAUUAUUAGGCUCUCAUUAUUUCUUAUUCUGUUCAAAUUUUUUGAUUUGAAAGCUUCUUACAUUAAAGAUCAAUGUAUUUGCAUAAAAAUAGUGUGAUUUUGUAACCCAGCCUAUUUUCCUUUUUGUAUGUUAUGCUGCUGCUUUUCCUUUUUUUAUCUGCUUCACCUUUCAACUAAGCAUUAUAGUAAAAGUUAAACGUUUCUUUUUGAAAUUUCAAUUUUAUGUCCUUUACAAUAGUAAAGCUCUCAUGCUGAGGCAUGAUUAACGCUCAUGAAUUUCACCUUCAUACUUCUGAGAAGACAAGUAUGUUAAUUUCAUUUUAAAGGGUGGCUAAUAAUUGAUUCUGCUUCAAAACUUACAUGGUAUUCUUUCAUAAUUUUUCUUCUUGAACCAGGAGAGAAAAAAGGGCAGCCGGAGUUGAACUCAACAUAGUGGUAUCCUUGUCACACUGAAGAAAUUACCCAUGAAGUUCAAGCCCUCCAUUGCUGCACUUGUAUUCCUUUUCUUUGCACUGCAAGUUAUCUCUGACCUGAAUUCUGAUAGAGAAGCACUACUUGAUUUUGCUGCCUCAAUCAUCCAUACGCAGAAACUCAACUGGGAUGCUGAUGCUCCAGUUUGCUCCUCUUGGAUCGGAAUAACUUGCAAUCAAAACAAAAGCCGUGUGAUUGCCGUCCAUCUUCCAGGUUCUGAACUUGCUGGAUCUAUCCCAGCUAACAGUAUAGGAAAGCUUGAUGCUCUUAGGGUCUUGAGCCUUCGUUCCAACCUUCUCAGUGGAAAUCUUCCUUCUGAUAUUCCAUCCAUUCCUUCCCUUCAGUUUCUUUACCUCCAACAGAAUAACUUCUCUGGUGCUUUUCCUUCAUCUCUCUCCCACAGACUGGUGGUGUUGGAUUUAUCUUUCAACUCCAUCUCUGGAAAUAUUCCAACCACAAUUCAGAAUCUUACACGGCUCACUUCAUUGAAUCUCCAAAACAACUCCAUCUCUGGAGCAAUACCAAAUCUCAACCUCCCAAGGCUCAAGCUUUUGAAUGUCAGUUAUAAUAAACUGAAUGGUUCAAUCCCAUCUUCCCUCAAAAAGUAUCCAAGUUCUUCAUUUGUUGGGAAUUCUCUACUCUGUGGGCCACCUUUGAACAAUUGUUCUGCAGCCUCCUCUGCUCCAACUCCAACUCCAACUCCUUCCCCUUCCCCUUUUUCCUUGCCAUCCACACCAACACUUCCUCAGAGUCACAAUGCUUCCCCAAAUAGAAAAUUGGGUGCAAACUCUUUCAUCGUUCUGGCAAUCGGGGGCGCUGCGGUUCUGUUUUUUAUUGUUCUGGUGCUAUUCAUGUGUUACUGCAAAAAGUCUAAAACUGAAGGCAGUGGAAUAUUGAAAGGUAAAGCCUCAGCUGGUGGAAAGAAUGAAAAGCCUCAGGAUUUUGGAAGUGGAGUGCAAGAGGCAGAGAAGAACAAAUUGUUCUUCUUUCAAGGCUCAUCUUACAGUUUUGAUCUUGAGGAUUUAUUGAGGGCGUCUGCUGAAAUUCUUGGUAAGGGAAGCAACGGGACAACCUAUAAGGCGGUUUUGGAAGAUGGGACAACAGUGGUGGUGAAAAGGUUAAAAGAAGUACUGGUUGGAAAGAGGGAGUUUGAGCAGCAGAUGGAGGUUGUGGGAAGAGUUGGACAGCACCCAAAUGUAGUACCACUUAGAGCUUAUUACUAUUCCAAGGAUGAGAAGCUUUUAGUCUACAACUACAUGCCCGCUGGCAGCUUGUUUAUGCGCUUGCAUGGAAACAAAGAUGCGGAAGGAAGAACUCCACUGAACUGGGAAUCAAGAAUCAAGCUGUCCCUUGGAACUGCAAAGGGAAUUGCACACAUUCACUCUGAAGGUGGUACUAAAUGCAUCCAUGGCAACAUAAAGUCCUCAAAUGUCCUCCUCACACAAGACUUGGAAGCCUGCAUUUCUGAUGUUGGCUUAGCACUCUUAAUGAACUUCCCUACAAGCAUGUCUCGAACCAUUGGAUACCGAGCUCCAGAAGCCAUUGACACCCGGAAGAUAACUCAGAAAUCCGAUGUUUACAGCUUUGGUGUGCUUCUCCUAGAAAUGCUAACAGGCAAAACACCACUCCGGUAUCCAGGGCAAUACGAUGAAGUGAUCGAUCUGCCAAGAUGGGUUCGAUCUGUUGUUAGGGAGGAAUGGACAGCUGAGGUUUUUGAUGUGGAGCUGAUGAGAGAGCAGCAAAUUGAAGAGGAGCUGGUUCAGAUGCUUCAGAUUGCACUGGCUUGUGUAUCAAAGCUUCCAGAGUCACGCCCAAACAUGGAUGAAGUUGUUAAGAUGAUAGAGGAAAUUAGGCAACCAGAUUCCAAGACUAGGACUUCCUCUGAUCAGUCUGAGUCUAAUGUGGAGACCCCAUGAAAAAAGCUUUAGCAGCUAUGGAGUACUCAACCCCAUUAGCUUCUAACCAAAUCAUUUUCAUCUUAUUUUUAGAAGGCAGUUUGGAAAGUUCUAAUGCAUAUGGAUAAACAUGAUUAGGCAGGCUCUACUGAUCAUGACCAUUUAUAUGCACAACUUUUAGUUUGAAUUGCUGUCCUCUAUUUCCUGAAUAGAGAUUUUUAGUGUGCAAAUCUCCAGAAUAAUGGGUUUCUUAAUUC